GCUUGUAAAACACCCUGGAGAGAAAAUGGCGGCGGCGGCGGCGGCUUCGGCGCCUCAGCAGCUAUCGGAUGAGGAGCUUUUCUCCCAGCUCCGCCGUUACGGCCUGUCUCCUGGCCCGGUGACGGAGAGCACCCGCCCAGUCUACCUCAAGAAGCUGAAGAAGCUUCGAGAGGAAGAGCAGCAGCAGUACCGGUCGGGGAGCCGCGGCAACAAGACGCGGAACAGUAAUAACAAUAACACCGCAGCAGCCACGGUCGCCGCCGCGGUACCGGCGGCGGCGGCCGUGGGGAUGGGUGUCCGGCCGGUCUCGGGCGACCUCUCCUACCUGCGGACCCCUGGUGGCCUGGGCCGAAUAUCGGCUUCGGGCCCGGAGAGUCCUUUGGGAGGGCUCGGGGGCGCCUCAGCCGCCCCCACAGCUGGCAGCAAAGUGCUGCUGGGCUUCAGCUCAGACGAGUCGGACGUGGAGGCCAGUCCCCGGGACCAGGCCGGCGGCGGCAGAAAAGACCGGGCUUCGCUCCAGUACCGCGGGCUCAAACCGCCGCCGGCCCCCCUGGCCGCCAGCGAGGUGACUAACAGCAACUCCGCCGAGCGAAGGAAGCCCCACUCGUGGUGGGGGGCCAGGAGGCCGGCGGCCCCCGAGCUGCAGACCCCGUCGGGGAAAGAUGGAGCAGCGGAGGACGAGGAUGAGGAGCGAGAAGAGGGCGAGGAGAGGGACCCGGAGGCCCAGGAGCCACUAUGGCCCAGCCGGACCGUGAAUGGCAGCCGGCUUCUCCCCUACAGCUACCGGGAAAACUAUUCGGACUCGGAGGAAGAAGGGGACGACGACGUGGCCUCCAGCAGACAGGUACUGAAGGAUGACUCCCUUUGCCGGCAUCGGCCCAGACGGAGCCAUAGUAAACCUCUUUCUCCUCCGACUGCUAAAUCUGCAGGCAGCAGGCUGGAGAGCUCAGUGCAGGGUGGGGGAGGAAUCGCGAUGAAUGACAGGGCGGCGGCUGCCGGGAGUCUAGACAGGAGCCGAAACCUCGGAGAGGCGGUGGCGGCGGCGGCGGCGGCGGAACAGGGAGGAGGGUGUGAUCCACUGGACACCAGCCCCAUUCCCCGAUACCGUGUUAACGCUAAGAAACUGACCCCUCUCCUGCCCCCGCCACUUACUGACAUGGACUCAACCUUAGAUUCGUCAACAGGCUCCCUCCGUAAAACCAAUAAUCAUAUCGGCGGUGGGGCCUUCAGUGUGGACUCCCCCAGGAUUUAUUCCAACAGCCUCUCUCCCGGUGCGGCGGUGGCCAGCCCCGGUUCACUCAGGAUCAAUCACUCCAAUCAUACGGGCUCCAAUCAUACCUACCUGAAAAACACUUACAGCAAACCGAAGCUUUCCGAACCUGAGGAGGAACUUCUCCAGCAAUUUAAACGGGAGGAGGUGUCCCCAACAGGAGGCUUCAGUGCCCACUACUUGUCGAUGUUUCUCUUAACUGCUGCCUGCUUAUUUUUCCUAAUAUUGGGACUCACUUACCUAGGAAUGAGAGGGACAGGAGUAUCCGAGGAUGGAGGACUCAGCAUAAAAAACCCCUUUGAUGGAACAUUCGAACAAAUGCAAGGAAGUACAAAAAAUCUUAUGAUGAACACGUUAUACAAGCUUCAUGAUCGAUUGGCACAGCUUGCAGGAGAUCAUGAAUGUGGCAGUUCUAGCCAGAGAAUGCUUUCUGUCCAAGAGGCAGCUGCAUAUUUAAACGAAUUAGAUCCUGAAUAUGAAGAUAUAUUUAACAUCUCAUUGCAGUGGAUUUUCGAAAAUGGAAAAGAUGUUGGUAUAAGGUGUGUCGGUUAUGACCCUGAUGAAGAACUGACAGAUAUAACUGGUGUGCAAUUUUUACAGUCCACAAGGCCGCAGAUGCCUUUCUGGUGUCGUUUUCGACGUGCUUUUAUUACUGUAACCCACAGGUUAUUGUUGCUCUGCUUAGGCGUGGCGAUGGUGUGUGUGGUUCUGCGCUACAUGAAAUAUCGCUGGACAAAAGAAGAAGAGGAAACAAGACAGAUGUAUGAUAUGGUGGUAAAGAUUAUAGAUGUUUUACGAAGUCAUAAUGAAGCUUGCCAGGAAAAUAAAGAUUUACAGCCCUAUAUGCCUAUUCCACAUGUGCGAGAUUCCUUAAUACAGCCUCAUGACAGAAAAAAAAUGAAGAAAGUCUGGGAUAGAGCUGUUGACUUCCUUGCUGCCAAUGAGUCUAGAGUCCGCACAGAAACACGAAGAAUAGGUGGUGCAGAUUUUCUUGUUUGGAGGUGGAUCCAGCCUUCUGUGUCCUGUGACAAAAUAUUAGUAAUACCUUCUAAAGUAUGGCAAGGUCAAGCAUUUCACUUAGAUAGAAGAAAUUCACCGCCAAAUAGUUUGACACCAUGCCUAAAGAUUCGAAAUAUGUUUGAUCCAGUUAUGGAAAUAGGGGAUCAUUGGCAUUUGGCAAUUCAAGAAGCAAUUUUAGAAAAAUGCAGUGAUAAUGAUGGCAUUGUUCAUAUUGCAGUAGACAAAAAUUCACGUGAGGGCUGUGUAUAUGUUAAAUGUCUAUCUCCAGAAUAUGCUGGAAAGGCUUUUAAGGCAUUGCAUGGCUCAUGGUUUGAUGGGAAAUUGGUUACAGUUAAAUAUUUACGACUAGAUAGAUAUCAUCAUCGCUUUCCCCAGGCUCUUACUUGCAACACUCCCUUGAAGCCAUCAAAUAAACAUAUGAACUCUAUGUCUCAUCUUCGUCUUCGGACUGGCCUCAUCAGUUCUCAAGGAGGUUCCUGAAAAGACUUUCUGCUACUCCGAGGACUGUUAUUUACAAUAGGAAAAUUCCUGUUUGGCUUCCUGUCUUCCUUUUUAAAUGCUUUUUGUAUGUAUUAUUUUUAUUGAUGAAUAAGCUGUUUGAAUGUUCCAGAAAUCUUAAGGUUCCAGAGGGACUUAGCAGUGAGGCGGUAAUGCUGAGUAGAUAGACUCAUUGUUUCAUUCAGUUUUGGGAGCUCAGUUAAGCCAAUGCAUUUAAAGUUUUGCAUGAGGAACAUUGACUGCUUUAUUAAAUAUUUUCAGAUGAGGUGGUUGUAUUUUGCCACCAAGAAAUGUUUGGAUAACCACACAAAAGCAUGGUGAAGAGGCUUCUUGUAUUUCCAUAAUUUCCUGUGAACUAACGUGAGUUUUUGUAUACAGUCACCUGCACAGUUCCUUACAGGCUUAUGUGGUAAAACUGUUAAUUUCCCAGUUUAACCUUAGGUUUCUAUUGCUUGUAAGAGAUUAAUUUUCUGCAGCUGGAAUAUGGGAAAAUUAAUUUGAUUUUAGUGGUUGCAUAUAAGUAUAAGGGGAUGUACAUGUACUUAAACUGGUCUUUGUAUAUAUGUAUAAAUGCUGGUGGUGGCGAAAGUAGUUUUGUGAGGAUGUCUGCAUUAAAGCAGUAAAAUAAGCUUCCUAUUUUAUUCGUAACCUAAUGUGUAUGUAUAUGUAUAUAUGUGUGUGUAUGUAUAUAUAUAUGUAUGUAUGUGUAUAUGUAUACACACACAUAUGUAUACAUAUGGCUGUACUGUAACAUAGCUCAAACAGCCAAACACCUGGAAGUAUUAGAUACAAGUUUAAAAUAUCUUUUAUAUGUUUUAUAUAAAAAUGUCUGAGUAUGAUUUUGUGUGAAAGUUCUGAUACCAGUUGUAAUGAAUUCAAAUUUAUGUGAGCAAUAAAGAAACAAUUGGCAAAUAUUGGAAAAAUAUUUUGUGAAAAGCUGUAUUUAUUAUAAAUACUAGGGCUGUGACAUAGUACCAUUGGGAUUAAGUCACUUUUUCCACUCUAUUUAUAAUUUAAUGAAAUGUUAGCACCCCUGUUGUCUGUCAGGUUUAGAACAGGGCAUACUGUUGCAGCAAAAUGUGUAUUUGACAAAUGGUAUUUGCAAUUUUGGGUCGUGAAAGUUUGCAAUAUAGUAAAUGCACGAGUGACCGCUGGCUUUGUGCCUCAGUAUUUAAUUUGUUUCAGUAAAUUUGCUUUGUUACUGUUUAUGAUUUCAAAUUAAAAUAGUUGCUGAGCAAAGUUUACUUGUAAUCUAACAAUUGGCUUUUUCUUUUUUUAAUAACUGUUGAUCUUGUCAGUCCAAAUGAGUAUGUGAAGCAGCUGAAAUUAUACCAAUUCUGAUUUUGUUUAAAGCUCAGUUUCCUUUUUGUUUUAUUGUAUAUGGUUGGGUUUGCAGCAUGAACUUGCACAGCUAAUGCACGUUUUCUGGUUAAGUAAACAUGAUGCACACUAUUCUGUAACAGAAAAGCCUAUUGUGCCUUACCUUUGUGCUUUUGUGGGCACCAUGUUUAUGAAGAAUAAAAAAUGAUUUGUUACCUGAAGAGAAUAAAUUUUAAAUUCUCAGUUUAUGUCUCAGAUGCUAAAGUGUGAAAAUAUAUAUAAUAUAUAAAGUAACCAAUAUUUCUGUAUUUUAUGUGCAUCAUAGUGAUUUAUCUGAGCUUAGUGACCCCAUCUUGUGACCUUUUACAAGAGUGAAUGUAAAAAAUAGCUGUGGCAUUUUAAAAGGUCGCCUUUUGAUGCAGAUGCAUCUUUUUCUUGCUUCUAAAAUAUAUUUCAUGUAAACAUUGUACAUUUAUUAUUGUAAUAUAUACUAUUAUGCAGCUUAUUUUACCUGAAACUGUUAAGCCGACCAAGAUCCCUCCCUGCAAGACAGAUGGGAAUGUGUAUAAUAACUAGGUAUCGAGAAGUUCCGAAGUUUGAUGUAAUCUGUUACUUGUCCUGUUUGAAAAAAAAAGGAAAAAAAAUCUAAUUAAAAAUUUAUUAGGGUUUUUUUAAUGCGUCUUGGCUUUUUAAAAACUUUUGAAGUGCUUUGUGUCUUUAUUUUUUUUUACUGGUGAAAAUAGGUUCCUUUAUUUUAAAUACUGUGUUUGGGGAUCUGUGAAUAAAUGUGUGCAUAUAGAGAUGGGUGAGGACCCUAAAGCUUACUUUUCUGUAUGAAAAUGCCUUUGUCCAACUCUCAAGUGUUUGAACCAGUGUUACUCAAAUUGGGGCAAGAGUGUAAAUCAGCUGUAUCACUAAAAAAUAUUUAGCUCUGCUAGGUGUUUUUUUAUAGCAACACUUCCUCAGAGAAGGAAGCAGUUCUUUUAUGUUCUGGCUGAAACUCCUUACCUCAUCCUGAACCAAUAACAAACAGUUCAUGGGUUGGCUACUUUGAGUCUCACUGGUUUAGAUUUUCUUGAUGGUUUGAGUCAAAAGCCUUGCUUAAUCACUCAGUUGGUGGCUUUUAUUGAUUGCUAACAAGCCCCAGGCACUGUUAUUUGUUAGGCAUGGCUGGAUCCUCAAAUGAUCACAAUCUAGAGCAAGAAGAUAGAGCAAAGAAAUUAAAAAGGUAGUAUGACAUAGUAAGAGAGAAAUAUACUGAGGGAACUUUGGGAGUACAGAGGCACCUUAUGCAUCUUAAUAGAAGGAGAAGACACCAGGGCUGACUUUGUGGAUGAGGUAACAGUUGAGCCGUAUUUUUAUUCAGUUUAACAUUUAAAUUUAAAUUAUUAAGCACCUGUUAAUCAAAUAGGUAUAGCAAUAAAAAUUGCUUUUCCCUAGAGCUUUCAGGGGAGCUUCCAUUCUUGUGAUGAGCUUAUAAAAAUCAGUGUAUGGAACCUGUGUUAUUAUAAAAUCCAUUUUCAUACUCAUUGGUGUGUACCUUCAUGAAUAUCUUUUAAGCAUUGAAGCUUGAUUUUGGACUUCGAUACAUUCUCAUUGUAUGGUAUCCACUGUUUGGAUGACAAGUUGUGAUUUCCAGCUGAACAAAGUUUUGAUGUAUUGUGUGCCCAGAAUAUUUCCUUUAAUAAGAUUACCCUGUAGUUCUCAUUCCCUGAUACUAGUGACAUCACAUUACUGUAGGUCACCUACAUGGCCUCUUCACCCUUUUUUCCUAGACUUACCUUGGCAAGUCACUCCUUCCAAAUGACUGAACAGAGGAUGGUAAAUCAAGCAGAAUUUUGCCAGCUGCUCUUUUGGAAAAGAUACUCAAGAACAGGUACUAAGAAUUGAAAAUAUUUAGGAAACAGAAACUGUGGAUUAAAGAAACUGACUGUCCAGUAUGCUCAUUCUCUUGGCCCAGAUAGCAUGACUAGCCCUAGGAGGAAAACAUGGCUAGAAAUGCAUCUUGAUGGUAGGUUGCUGUCCCUGAGAAACUCUACUAUAGGCAGAAGGGUAGACUCAUUUUGUUGAUUCUUAGAUUUUAAAUCUGGUAGAACCUGUGCACUUAGGAGAUUUACCUUUUCUUCUACUGAUAGACACUGGAAAUCUGCAAAUGCUCUUGAAAUUGGAAAGACAGGCAAUCUAGGCAUGUAGAAUACAUGAACAAAGACAGACUGAUGAGAAACAACCCAGUGCGUGUGUAAAUUACAAGCAGUUUCUUACGGUUGAUUCACUGAGGACAAGGCAGUAAAUAUAGACAGGAAGGUAGGCAGUGGUCAGAUCAUGGAAGGCUUUGUAGUAUGAAAUUUGGAUGUUGGCUGUUAAAAAGAGUUUAGGUAAGAAAUGGGUGAUGAAGAUUUGCUGGGAUGAAGGAUGGAGACAGCAUUUGAAGAAUAGGAGAUAAAAUGGGAAGGGCUUGAUAACUCACUAAAUAUUUGAAAGAAGUUGAUGAUGUCUAAUAUUCUAGCACGGGAAAUUGAACCCUAACAUUUAGAGAAUAGGUGAUGGCUUAAUUAGCUAGUUCUGUAUCAAAAAAAAUCAAACUACAAAUGGGUGGCUUUUUAAAAACAGAAAUUUUUUUUCUCACAAUUCUGGAGGCUAGAAUUCCAAAUUCAGGGUGUGGCUCUAGGGGGAGGUCCUUCUUUGUCUAUUUCAGUGUCUAAACCCAAACCCAAACCCAAACCCAUUGCUGUCCAGUGGAUUUUGGCUCAUAGCGACCCUGCAGGAUAGAGUAGAACUGCCCCAUAGGGUUUCCAAGGAGCAGCUGGUAGAUUCGAAUCGCCAACCUUUUGGUUAGCAGCCGACAUCUUAACCACUGCACCACUAGGGCUCCGUUUCAGCUUCUAGUAGCUGGCAAUCUGAGAGUUUUGGGGUUUGUAGGUUUAUCUGCCUCCAUUGUUGUCAGAUAGCAUCUGUCUUCCCCCGUGUCUUUGUGUGCCUCUGGUCUAAUAUGCUCUUUUUAUAGCUCAGAAAGCAAGUAGAUUUAGGAAGGCCCUGAUGCUGAUAGAUCUCAUUAACAUAACAGAGAAAACCUUAUUCCAAAACAGGAUUACAUCCACAGGUAUAAGAAUUAGGAUUCUAACACAUAUUUAGGAGGGACACAAUUCAUAACUUCAUUCUGGUCUGAUUUAACUUCCAAAGGGAUGUUUUGUUUUCAUCUUCCCUUUAUCAAAAUAAAACUGAAUAAAAUAAAAUGCUGCUAAUGUGAACAUUUGAGAUUUCAGUGGCUCUAUGUUUCCUACUGAAUGAUAGUUAAGUUUAACUUGGUGUUCAGGGUCUGCCUUUCUAGCCCAGAGCUGUCCAAUAGAAAUAUAAUGUGAGCCUCUUGUAAUUUAAAUUUUCUAAUGGCCACACUGAAAAAAAAAAAAAGUUUAAAAAAGGGUGAAAUUAAUUGUAAUAUAUUUUACUUAGCCUUAUAUAUCUAGAUUAUCAAUCCCAAGAUGUAAUAAAAAUUUAUUAAUGAGCUUUUUUUUUUUUUUUUCCUGCACUAAAUCUUUAAAAUCUGGAGUGUAUUUUACACUUUCACUUAGGGAGACUCUGAGACAGGGGACUUUCAGUGCUAAAGGUCACCUUAUAGCCCAUCUUAAUUUGGAUGCUACAUUGUUGUUGGCAAUCCUUGAUUUGUAUUUAAAGUUCAUAAAAUCUACAGUUGAAAAAGUAGAAUCACGUACCCGUUUUUCCAAACAUGCUUAAAAGUUUUCCUAUAACUAAAUUGUGUAUCAAUUAUUAAAUUUAAAUUAAUUCAGGUUAAAUAAAAAUUUUGUUCCUCAAGCACACUAACCACAUCUCAAGUGCUCAGUAGCCACAUGCAGCCAGUGCAAGCCUAGACCAACGUGUACCUUUCUAGUCUGUGUUCUACUCUUCGCCACCUGUGCUGUAGCGAAACUGAACUUACCUUUCCUAUGCAUAAAAAUAUCUAACCUUUACUUUAUUAUGCCUUUAUUGACAUUGGUCAUAGAGUCCUUUUUGCCUGGAAGAACCUUCUUUUCCUGUUUCCAUAUGCCCAAAUCUUGCCCAUUCUUCAAAAUCCUAUACAAAUGUUCCCUCCAUAAAGUCUUGUUGACUUCCCCUGGCUGGAAGUAAUCCUUCCAUGUGCACUGUAAAAAAAAAUUUGAUUUUUUUUCCUUUCUUAGUUUUAGCAGUUGCUACCUUGUAUUAUAGUAUCCUCAGUCUAAGCUAGUUUGGCUUUUGUCCUCAUCACUCAACUGAAAUUGUUCUUCUAGAGAUCACCAAAAAACUUUUGCCAAAUUCAAGAGUCACAUGUUUUCAGCUUUCUUUAACUCUGCACCAUCUGGCAUAGUUGAUCAUUACCUCUUUUUUUAUGGUUAAAAAUUUUUCUUUAUAAGAUAGUACACAUAUACUAGAAUAUAUAUAAAAUACAUGUACAAUUUAAAAUACACCCAAUCACUUAAGAUUCAAACAUUAACUUUGACACCCCUCUGUUGUGCCCUUCCCUGAUAACCCCUCUUUCUUACCCAAUUCCUGGAUAGCUAUCUACACGUUUUCUCUAGGUGGUAUCAUACAGACCUAAUAGCUUUAAAAGGAGCCCUGGUAGUGCAAUGGUUAAGUGCUCAACUGCUAAUCAAAAGGUCGGCAAUUUGACCCACUAGCUGCUCCACGGGAGAAAAGACCUGGCAGUCUGCUCCAGUAAACAUUUAAAAACCUGUUGCCAUCAAGUCGAUUACUGCCCUAUAGGGUUUCCAAGGAGCAGCUAGUGGAUUCAAAUUGCUGACCCUUUGGUUAGCAGACAAGCUCUUAACCACUGUGCCUCCAGAACUCUCCAUAAAGAUUACAGCCUAGGAAACCCUAUGGGGCAGUUCUACUCCAUCCCGUAGAGUCACUAUGUGUCAGAGUCAACUUGACAGCACACAACAACAAUGGCUUUAAAUAUUUGUUAAUAGCUGAGGACUUUUAGUUGUCUACUUGAAGUUCAGUCUCUUUACCGUGACAAACUUCAUUUUAUUUGGCAAUCACAGGCUCCUCUGCAUUGCUACCAGCAUGUUUCUAUAGUCUUAGUAACAUUGGUGAGCAGAGGUCUGGCAGAGGAACAUGAUAAAUUACAGAGCUACACUGGAACAGAACUUCCCAACUGGUAUGUUUCAAAUGGGUGACAGAUGUGCUGAGACCUUAGAGUGCUAGCAGGACUUGGGGUGGUGGAGCUCAAGGCCUGGUCACCUCCAGCAGGCUGUAUGCACUUCCUUCAUGUAACCAGUGCACUGUGCAACUAUCAUCCUUUUCUUUGAGUGCCAUAAAGUCAAAAAAAAAAAAAAAAAAGGUUGGGAAACACUUGUUCUAAUUAGCUAGGAACAA